UAAAACACUCGUUCACAUCCGUCCUAUACAAAGUUAACUUUAUUUUUUUAAAUACAAAUAAACACAGAUUAAAAACAAAACAAUUGACAGUUGAAAACAUAUACUGGUGAUAAAAAAUAUCGUUUUAAAAAUAAUAUUUAAACUUUAAUUUUAUUGUUCCGUAAACAGUGAAGUGGUUAACCCAGUGUUUGUUUUGUUAUUCCCCAAAGUUUGUAAAACUUUUUAUCGUGACGUUUUAACAUCAAGCAAAAUUAUAGAACUGUGUUGUCGUUAGCAGGGUAUCAUGCCGUUCAUCGAUAUAGCAUUCGCGGCAGAGGUGAGCCGGUUCGAAGAUCCGGAAUUUGAGGAGCACGCACGCCGCAACUGCAACGAGGACUCUCGCACGAGACAGCGCGCGAUCGAAGAGCUCCGGAAUAUGGUGUACGAAAGAGGCGAGUGUCACCCGCGACGCAUGGAUGAUGCAUACCUUCUCAGAUUUCUGCGGUGCCGACGGUUCAUACCCGCUCUAGCGCACAAGCUUAUGAUCCGAUAUGAAGAGUUUAGAAGUAAGAACUCAUAUCUAUACGACUGUAGCGCGUUCGGUCUGCAGAAGGUGAAACAUGUGUACGGUGGCACUUUGCCAGAGAGCCCUGUCAACGGACGAAUCACUCUUAUGAGGUUCGGUAAAUGGGACACAGAAGCUGUGCCGAUAGUGGACGUGGUGCGGUGCGCACUCAUCAUGGACGAGAUAGCUGUAAUGCAGCCAAAGCUGCAGAUCCUCGGCGUCACCAUCAUCGUUGACCUGGAGGGGCUUAGCGUGCGACAUGUGCGCCAACUCACACCAACAAUCGCGGGACAGAUCGUCAGCUUAAUGGGGGUCAACUUUCCUCUUCUAAUGCACGGCUUGCACAUAAUAAACUACAAUUGGAUACUCCACACUUUCUUCUACGUUUUCAAGCAGUUCAUACCGAGCGCAGCAUGGAGCCGCAUGCAUUUCCACGGCUACGACAUGUCAUCUCUCCACAAACACAUCGACCCUACCGCUCUACCGCCGGAAUAUGGUGGCACAUGUCGGCAUGUUAUAUCUACAGAAGAAUGGCUAAGAAAAGUCAACAUGUAUAAAGACGAUUUUAUGGUACAAGAAUUGAGGGCUCUAGGAUUCACUGUUGAGGACUAGGAUAAUAUAAACUUGGAGUUAUCAUCAAAGUUACUGAAGAGGACUCUUGAGGAUCUGUGCAUUUAAAGUAUUUAAAUAUAAUGUUACGACAUAAAAUAUAAAGAACAAGACGAGCCAAACAAGAAUGUGGGGACCAAGUAAAAUAUCGAUGAUAUUACUAUGAAAUGUCAAUUAUA